GGGCGCACGCGCCGGCGGCGGGCGGGAGCGAGGGCGGAGGGGGCGGAGGUGCCGCCGGUGCCGCCCCGCAGGAAGCGGAGCCGCCCGGGCCCUUCUCCGCGACAGGGCGAGGGAGCGAGCGAGUGGAAGAGAGGCCGGCGGCGAAGCGUCAUUUUCCGCCGCGGUGCCACCCCGGGACGCCGCUGCGCGAGGACACCGGCCGGGAGCCUGGAGCGGGGCAGCCUCCGCCCCUCCCUGCAUCCUCCCCGUCCCGCGAGGCGGGACGUGACCGCUCCCCGCUGCCCGGCGCGCAGCAGCUGCCCCCUCCCAGCGGAGCCGUGACCCCUCCUCCGGCUCCGCCGCCGCCCGUCCCGAGGAGCGAGCCCGGCACUUGUUGCUGCCGCGAUGGUGACCGGCCCGGCCGAGUAGGGACCGCCGAGCCCGUCGGGGAGAGCAGCGCCGAGCCCGGCCCCGUUCGGGGCAUCGCGGGGUGUUGUCUCCCCGCAGUGACGGCGCUUCCCGGGCGACGCCAAGACUUUGGUCUCCGCGUGGGAAUCGCGCCCGGCAUCCCCGCCCGCGCCAGGUGGUCCCGGCGGGCGGAGGGGGCACCGCCGCCCGCCCCUUCCCCGGGCUGCAGCCAAAAUGUCCUUCUUCAACUUUCGUAAGAUCUUCAAGCUGGGCGGCGAGAAGAAGAAGAAACAAUACGAGCACGUCAAGAGGGAUUUGAACCCGGAGGAGUUCUGGGAAAUCAUAGGAGAGCUGGGCGAUGGCGCUUUCGGUAAAGUGUUCAAGGCUCAGAACAAAGAAACAAAAGUUCUGGCUGCUGCAAAGGUGAUAGAUACUAAAUCAGAAGAAGAACUUGAAGAUUACAUGGUGGAGAUUGAUAUUUUAGCAUCCUGUGAUCAUGCUAAUAUUGUCAAGCUCCUAGAUGCUUUCUACUAUGAAAACAAUCUGUGGAUCCUGAUUGAAUUUUGUGCAGGAGGAGCAGUAGAUGCAGUAAUGUUGGAGCUUGAAAGGCCGUUAACAGAGCCACAGAUCAAAGUGGUGUGCAGGCAGACACUGGAAGCACUGAACUACUUGCAUGAGAAUAAGAUCAUCCACAGAGAUCUAAAAGCUGGCAAUAUUCUUUUCACAUUAGAUGGAGACAUUAAACUAGCGGAUUUUGGAGUAUCAGCUAAAAACACCAGAACAAUACAAAGAAGAGACUCCUUUAUUGGCACACCAUAUUGGAUGGCUCCAGAAGUAGUAAUGUGUGAGACCUCUAAAGACAGACCAUAUGAUUACAAGGCUGAUAUCUGGUCUCUUGGCAUUACUUUAAUAGAAAUGGCUCAAAUAGAGCCACCUCACCAUGAACUGAAUCCCAUGCGAGUGCUGCUGAAAAUCGCAAAAUCUGACCCGCCAACACUGGCACAGCCUUCCAAAUGGUCAUCAGAUUUUAAAGAUUUUCUGAAGAAAUGUUUGGAAAAGAAUGUAGAUGCAAGGUGGAGUGCAAGUCAACUUCUACAGCAUCCAUUUGUUACUGUUACUUCAAAUAAACCAAUAAGAGAAUUGAUUGCAGAAGCUAAGGCAGAAGUUACAGAAGAAGUUGAAGAUGGUAAAGAUGAGGAUGAAGAAGAAGAAACAGAAAAUUCUCUGCAGUUACCUGCAGAGAAACGUGCAUCCUCUGAUCUUAGUAUUGCCAGCUCUGAAGAGGAUAAACUUUCACAGAAUGCUUCUGUCCUGGAAUCUCUCUCUGAGAAAACAGAAAGUAAUGCCAUUGAGGACAAAACAACGGGAGAUGAAUCUGAGGACAUUAAAUUUAGGAAAACAGUUGAUAACAUACAUGAUACUCCCAUUAGCGAUGUGAAAGUGCAGAAUGGUUCUUUGCCAACUGGUGAAGAUGAGCAAGGCAAAAUAGUGCCAGCAGAAAAGAAUACAGAAAGCCUGGAAAAAAUGCAUGAGGAUACAGAACUCCAGAAAGGAGGUAAAGAACUCGAUGUGGAAAUAAAGAAUGAACCUAACUUAAUAAUAGAGAAAGAAGAUUCCAUGGCAGAUGAACAGAUAGAAGAUGACAAACUGAAAGUAGUACCUGUAACUGAAGAUAGGGUAGAAACUGAAGAAGGCAUUUCUAAGGAAACUGGUGAAAAAGAAGAGAAGGGAAUGGAUCUCUUGGAUGGUGAGGAAGAAAAGGUCCCUGCAGAAAAUAGAGAUACAGAGCAAAAGGAAGAUAAAGGUGAAGCUCAGAAAGAGGCAGUAAUAGAUACCACUACAGAAGCUCUGCCUAAUGCUACAGUUAAAGCGUCUGAUGAAGAAAAGGAUCUAAUAAAGCAUGGAAUUGACAACAUUAAGGAGAUAGGUGCUAUUGCUGAAACACCCAUCAGUGACGGGGAUAAAAUACCUGAGCUGGAGGAUAAGCCAGUGGAAAGUCAGGCUAAGCAGGUCCAUGAGAUAAUCAGCUCUGAAGAAACUCUAUCAGAAAACCAAGAUACAGUGGUUGAAGUAGACAAGAAACUGGCAGAAAGUGAAAAUGAGGGUAUCAGUAAUAUAAACAGCACAGAGGAAACACCGAUCAAAGACUCUGGAAAAGAUAUCGUAGACCAGCAGGCAUUACAGACUAAACCUGAGGAUAUUUCUGAUAAACUGGUGGAUGAACUGACUGGUAUGGACCAAAAUUCAGGAGAGCGUGGACCUGAGAAUAUACAGGAAACCAACAUCCAGGUAGACAAAGAACAUCCAGCAGUUACCUCAGAUGAAAUCAUGAAGAAUAAGCUUCAAGACACUGUCAGUGAACAAGCUGAGGACUCUGAAGUCACUCCAGUCCCCAGUAUUAGUAUUAGCACUGAAGAAAAUGAGAAGGUCAAAACAGAUAAUCAAGGCAAUACUGAGACUUUACAGCAACUGGAAUCGGAGAAUUUGAAGGAAAAUGAUGCAGAUUCAGGCACUGGUUCUACAGCUGAUAACAGCAGCAUUGAUUUGAACUUGUCCAUUUCUAGUUUCCUUAGUAAAAACAAAGAGACAGGAUCAAUAUCUUUACAGGAAACUAGAAGGCAGAAGAAAACGUUAAAGAAAACUCGGAAAUUUGUUGUUGAUGGAGUAGAAGUGAGUGUAACCACAUCAAAAAUAGUUACUGAAAAUGACUCAAAAAGUGAAGAAAUGCGAUUUCUACGACGUCAAGAGCUCAGAGAGCUGAGACUUCUUCAGAAAGAGGAGCAGAGAGCCCAACAGCAGCUCAGCAAUAAGCUUCUGCAGCAGCGAGAGCAGAUGUUCAGACGUUUUGAACAGGAAAUGACAAGUAAAAAGCGACAGUAUGAUCAGGAGAUAGAGAACCUGGAAAAGCAGCAGAAGCAGACGAUCGAGCGCCUGGAGCAGGAGCACACAAAUCGCUUACGGGAUGAAGCAAAACGCAUCAAGGCUGAGCAGGAGAAGGAGUUGUCCAAAUUCCAGAAUGUGCUGAAAAACAAAAAAAAAGAGGAGCAGGAGUUUGUGCAGAAACAGCAACAAGAACUGGAUGCAUCUCUGAAGAAAAUAAUUCAGCAGCAGAAGACAGAACUGGCCACUAUUGAACGAGAUUGCCUCAACAACAAGCAGCAGCUCAUGAGAGCUCGUGAAGCUGCAUUCUGGGAACUGGAGGAGCGGCACCUACAGGAGAAACACCAGCUCCUCAAGCAGCAGCUCAAGGAUCAGUACUUCAUGCAGAGGCAUCAGCUGCUUAAGAGGCAUGAAAAAGAAACAGAACAAAUGCAGAGGUAUAAUCAACGGCUUAUAGAGGAGUUAAAGAACAAGCAAACUCAGGAAAGAGCCAGACUGCCUAAAAUCCAGAGAAGUGAAGCAAAGACUCGGAUGGCCAUGUUUAAGAAAAGUUUAAGAAUCAAUUCAUUUGCCUCUCCAGACCAAGAUCGUGAAAAAAUUAAGCAGUUUGCUGUUCAAGAAGAAAAGAGGCAGAAGAAUGAGAGACUGGCGCAGCAUCAGAAACACGAAAACCAAAUGCGGGACCUUCAGUUGCAGUGUGAAGCAAACAUCAGGGAACUACAUCAGUUACAGAAUGAAAAAUGCCAUCUACUGGUUGAGCAUGAAACUCAGAAGCUAAAAGAGCUGGAUGAAGAGCACAGUCAAGAACUGAAGGAAUGGAGAGAGAAAUUGAGACCAAGAAAAAAGAUGCUGGAAGAAGAAUUUGCCAGAAAACUGCAGGAACAGGAAGUUUUCUUUAAAAUGACUGGAGAAUCCGAAUGCCUUAAUCCUUCAACACAAAGCCGGAUUUCUAAAUUCUACCCAAUCCCCAGUCUUCACUCCACUGGGUCGUAACUCUGGGAACUUCUGGAGGUUUUUUGGUGUUUAGAAUUCUCCCUCCUUACGGUCUAACCUGACUUACCCGCGGCGUAUGAACAUCGGGGACCUCACCUGUCUUGUUUUCAGUGGAGACAAUCAGUGUCAGGAGCGCUUUAUUCACUCCCCUGAACAGAAGAAACAAAUCAAGUGUUGGUGUACAGUAGUAUUGUUACGUCCUUCAGAUGUUUCAAGACUAAGUGGGCUUUUUAUCCCAGUCUCUAAAAGUACAUUACCUAUGCUUUUGACUUUAAGCCUAAAAUAUUAAUUAUGCUCUUUCUCAUCAUAAAAAAAUGGUUUCUCAUCUGAACAUUUAAAUGGUGUAAUAUUAGUUCUGCUACUGUGUUUUUAAGCAUCAGAUUUCUCCAUGAGAGAAUUCCACAAUUGAAACUGCCAUGAGAGGUUUAAAAUUUUAUAAUGUGAGCAGUCUUCAUGGCAAGGACUGAAACUAAUUACUAAGAACAUGCCAGUAAUCAGAAAAGCAAACCCUUAUGUUUAAACACAAUUGGCAAAAGCAAAAGCCUUUGCAACUUCUUUUGAAAGAAACCUCUGGCAUAAAUUAAACUGAGCUGAUCUCCGUGACAUGUUUUGUCCAUUAGUUCCAUAAUGAAAUGGGGUGCUAGUUUAAUUAAUACAGUGCCUGAAACACUUAGAUAUGCUGAUCCUGGCAACAGGAUACUGUUUUGUCAUUUAAAAACACAAAACUCCUUAGCAUUGCUGUUACUGUACAAAACAAGAUUUCUUGCUGCUACUGCCAUUUUUGUUGUAAAUCCUCACCCUAAAAUAUUUUGCACUAAAAUAUGUAAAGGUGAAAGAAAUGCUAACUUUAAAAUGCACGGUUUAUUAUUUUCUUUAGCUAUUACAUACAGGUGGUUAGUUCUACAAAUUGAAAAACUGUAGAAUGUAUUUUUUAGAAAGCGGUGUGCAAAAUGCACGUGGUUUCUCUAACUGUACCUGGAAUGGGUAGAGCCAUUGUUCUGUUCUUACCAAAGUCUGUUCAUUUGAACUCCGUCACAGAAGUGGAGGUGGAUGGUCAUAUUUAUAAAUAACCAUGGCUAAAGUCUGAUUUCACUAGAAGUGUUAAAUUUCUUUUUUUUUUAUUUUAGUCAUUUUAUUUUAAGGAAAGAUUUAAGUUAAAUAUACAGACAAACUCUUUAUGAAACUGGGUGUUCUGCUUUUGUGUUGGCACCUACUAACAUAGGCAGGUUUUAUUUUUUGAGUUCCUAGAUGCACCAUAAGUUAUUUGCCUGACUGAUCUGUAGUGGGAAAUCUGAACUGUGUCUCCUAUAGCGGGGUAGGGAAAUACAGCUGUAUUAGGUCACUUUUGCUGCACUCCUUUUGGUGGUUGAGUCAUAUCAAGACAGUGUUAGAAGCUGUACUUGGGUAUGUUGGAGCUCCAUUUGUAAAAUAGUAUUUGCUUUCUGUCUUUUGAGGCCUGAUGUUCUCUGAUAUCUUUGGGCAUCAACUGCACCUGUUUUGUUUGCUUGCUUUGACCGUGCAACUGGUGCCCAUUCCAUGACGUUCAUUUCAUGGGAACAGUGUUGCUGCAUGGCAAUGAACUCAGAAAUUAACAUAGGACUUUAAUCAGCUCUGGUUGAAAUCCUUGGACGUUGAACCAGUAUCUUCUCAAUGAAGACGCUUAAUUUACAGCACAGUAAAAAGAAAAUUGGAAAAUGCAUGUUUUAAUUUAAAUUUUGUAACUUUUUGAUAGCAUAAUUACUUUAAUAGCUAGCCUUAAUUUCUGGCAUUUUAUUAUUUUAAAUGUGUAUUGUGUACUGUUGUAAAUUCACACACCAUAUCUCUAGAAUGUUCUUUGUUGCUAAAUGCAAAGUUUUUUGAAUUGUUUGUUUAGUAGGGAGAAACAAGUCUUUGAAGACCUUUUACUUUUUAAGCUCCACCUUCAUAAGUUGACUGUUACUAAGAUAACAUUAAAUAAUCUUCAUCUCUAUUUAACAGAAUUUGUUUGCAAUUUCAUAUGAAGUAGGCUCAGUGCUUUACCUGGAGUGUAGGCAGGGCAGGCAGAUUUCCUCUUCUGGAUUAUGUCUACGUUCAUCCCCAUUAAAUCCUCACAGGGAAAUGUUAAUAAUCUUCUUACGUUUUUGGUAGUUUCAGUGAUACAUUGCUAAUAUGUAUUGGCAUUCUGUUUACCUCUGUCUGAAUCUCUUACAUCUUUUAUUUGAAGAUCCUUUUCACACAGGCCCUGCAAUCUGAUCUCAUUGUAAAUUGCACAAAUAACUGUAACUGAGCUCUGGGAUGAAGGGAGGGAUCGGAUGUGGCGAUGGAAGCCUUGCUCGGGUCUCCAGGUGGGGAGCUCUGUGAAGCACUUGCAGCCUUGUGAACUGGGCUGAGAAUUGAUACCAAGCACAAAAAUAUGUUUACUGAGUGAUAACAAGAACUAGCAUGGGUACUUACUUGUGUAGACUGAUAAAAUUGGGUUUAAGUGUUGCAGAAUGUGAGAGAGGUGUUACAGUAUUGUAUCAGUGUCACAAAAUUCAAUUCAAAUUUAAUUUAGUCUCACAUAGGCCUAAAAGACAUCUCCUGAGAUGUGAAAUCCAAUCUUGGUACUAUCUCACAUCACCUCCCUAAUGAAUGUUAGCAGCUCCAUCUCUAGGGUGGUAAAGUGUAUUUUCUGCAGCCAAAACAAUGUACUUAUUUACAAAUUCUUACUGUUUGGCAGAUCUCAUUGUCCCCACAUAUGCUCCUCCAAAGCUGAUCACAAAUCAGUAUUUGCUCACCAUUGUGUUUUACUACAUUGUAAAUUCUGUCCACAGGAAAAUGAGAAAAGGCAAUAAAUCCCUGGAUUGCAGUGCUGUGUGUGAGUUGUCCUCCUGUGUUUACAAGUGAUCCUCAUGGAAAACCUGCCUGCAGGGCCUCAGCCUCCCACCAUGUGUUUCCCAAGCUCUGAAAGUACAUUUUGCACUGCUUAAGGCAUCCAGGGAGAUCCGGGGCUAAAGGUCUUCAGGUGCACCUGCUACCUGUUUUUAGGAGAUUCUGGCUGAGGAGGAGUUACCAACCCAGCAGAAAAUGGGCUGUGGCAGGUCUUGAUCUUCUAAGUUCCAGGGGAACUUCCCUGCUUAUUUUAUGAAGAAAUACUCCAGCAUUUGAUCCUCUCUGAGCCCCAUAAAGCACAUUUUCCUUCUGCAAGCACUCUGCUGUCACUGGUAUAUACAUGAGAACUAUAUACAGCAUGUAAAGAUACGAUACUGAAGUUGUUAUUCAUAUGAUUGAUUAUGUAGGUCCUGAUUUAUAAACACCUUCUGAAGGAAAACCUUUAUUUGAAUUGGCAUCUGAAUUCAAAUUCCCUGCUGGCAGGGCUGCACUGUCCUGACCAUCAGCAUUCACCCAGAGUGAUUUUUCAUAUCACAUUAAAAACUGAUGUUCAGUCUGAGCUGCAUCCUUUUUUCCAGGUAAUCUUUUAAGCUAAUAUUCUUUUAAAAUUGCAUUCACAGGUACUCAAUAUCUGAUCUAUCACACAGUUAAAGAAAUUAUUCUUCUGUCCCAAAGGACCCUAUUCUACUGAAUUAUUACCCUUAAAAAUUGGAAACAUAGCACCUUAACUAAGACAGAGCUAAGCAAAGCAGCAAUGAAAUAGCUUUUGUCACACCAUGUCUUUUGUGACAGCAAUAUCACAUAGGAAGUUUAAGCUGGUUCUCCAAUUGAAAUAGUAUCUGCCUUGCAAGUAUUUCAAGCUUGCUUUGGUAUAGGAAAGAUUCAAAUAGGUGGAUUAAAUUCGGGCACUUUAGUCCACUUUUAGGUAGCCUGAUUUUCAGAGCUGUUGUGCAGCUGUAGCUCCCAGGACCUCAGAAACACAUCCUUGCUGAAAACUGAAAUGUGCAAAUAAGCUUGGUGCUAGUUGCUUCCACUGAUCUACUGCUUCUUGGUUCAUCUGCUGUGGGGAAAAGGGGCAAGUUUGAGGACAGUGACUCUCUGGUUGUUGGAGGAAAGGGCAGGGGGGAGUAUUUAGGGCCAUCACUGUGUCGAUAAGUCCAAUGUUAGCAUUUACACUCUCAUCAUUUGACAUCAAAAUCUGUACUUUUGGGUCUCUGAAACUUCCUUGUGUUGAUGUGUCCAUGCAAAUUUCCCAUUCCCAGGCUACUUCUGCCAUCUUCACAGCAGUUGAAGUAAGAUUAGAGAGAAUUAACCUUGUUCACAGGCAUGCCAAGGCCAGGAUGCCCCAUCAUUUUUCAGCCUUGCAAAAGAUGAGAAUGGAUAAAGGGAAGGAGAAGACAAAGGAAAUUACAGUGGUUCUUUUACAGAACUUUUACUUGUUCUGCAUUUCUUUUCUCCAGCUCAGUCCUUGUGCUUUGUUUUUUGUAGCUCCUUUGCACAUCCAGUAUCUGGGCAGUCAGUGGUGCCAGAGGAAAACCCCUUAAGCAAAAACAUUCUCAUGCCCAACCCAUGAGAAAGGGCUCAUGUGCUUUCCCUGUACUGAAAGCAGAAGGGAGUGGCUGAGUCCAGGGUUACCCUGAUUUAACAAAGUCUUCCACACCUACAAUUAGAUGGUAAAGCUUACUUGGUAAUGAGAAUCACUCCUAAAAUGGUGAAAAGAACAGAUACUAGGAAGGGACAUGGAGUGUUUUACUGUCACCCCAUUUUCUGUCAGGAAGCCAAGCAGAGCAGGAGCAUCCUGUGACAAAACACGUGCCUGAGGCACCACCGGCCUCCCUCGUGUUCUCCCAGCAGUUUGUUGAAUGUUUUGUGUUAACUGCAAACCAAGUUAUUUUUGCCUUACAGAAAGCAACCAAAAAUCAUGAGAUGGAUGAAUAAUUGGCUAAGGGUCUCUGUACAGCUUGUGGAAGUGGACUUGCAGUAGCAGCCAUACAACAGUUUUGGGAGUUUUUUUGUCUUGUUUUUCAAAGUAAUUUCAUUCAUGGCUUUCUGUAGAAUAUUGUAAUAAUUCUGCUGUAAAUACAAUAAAAUCACAGUUUGCUGAGAUUGCCUCAGUUUUGUUGAUGAAAAAUUUGCAUGAAAUAUAAGUGAUUUGUACAAGUGUUUGAGUGAAGGGGAUGAUUGAUGAUUUACAAUGUUUAAAGUAACUGAGUAUAAAAGUAUUUAAUGUUGUGCCAUUCUAUUUACCAUUGUACCUCAGAACCAUCUCAGGUGCCUCACCCUGCCCCACAACAACCUGCAAGCA